UUUUGUAUUCUGAAGUGUUGUGAACAAGUCGAAGUUAAUUAUUAAUUUGCGUUUUGUAUCCAUAAGUCAUAAUGGAAUACGAGGUGACUUCUGAAGAAAUUGAAGUGGUGCCGCCAAGUAACACUUUAAGUAAUGACGAAAUCUAUCGUCGUUGUAUCGCUAAGGAAAAUGUAAAAAGUGUUACUUUAGGCGAUAAACGCUGCUUUAAAACUGAUGAUCCGGAAGAAGUUAAGGAGUUAGACAUGUUUUAUGAGGAAUUGUUCUAUUUUUUAACAAUUCCGCGUUUGAUCCAUAACGAUCACAUGGUGGCAGUGUGGGAUUUUGAAAAGAAGGCUGCGCGUGUUGUCCGGCAGAAAGGUAAAAUGGACAAAUUUGGAUAUACGUACAAUAAAGCAUUGUAUUUAGAAAACUAUGAAGCGUUGUUUUUAUUGGAAACUGAUCGUCUGAAAAUGGAUUAUUAUAAUUUACCAAUUACACUAGAACAAGCAUAUUUGUUGUUUAUUGGUGAAGAAGCUUCACUUCAGUAUGCAGAAUAUAUGGUAUAUACUACACUAACCCGAAAGGGGAUUGUAGUGCAAAAAUAUAAGAAUUGCAGUUAUGAUUGCGAAGCAGUAACUAAAACAGAUUGCAUAUGGGCGAUACUUAAAAAUGAGCUGUACGAUCUACCUAUACCGGAUCGUAUUAGUGCUUCAAAAUAUUUUACUGAAAUGAAAUCAGGCAUGAUUAAAAAUCAAAACCUUAUAAGAGAAAGUCAAUCAGGUUUUAACGAUGAUGAGUUACCAGAAAGCAGUAACACAAAGCGUAUUAACUUUGCCCAAAGGAUUUAUUGUAAUACUGAUUAUAAAACAGAAAGUGUUUGGCAACCAAAUCGCCAGCCACCUGUGUUAAAAUCAUCGGGCCAUUUAGAAGAGAUAAAAAAACUGUUGGAUCGUAAAAAGUUUAAAGAUGUGUUUGAAAAAUUAGAGAUCAUUAAAUUGAAAACUAAUAUUAAGAACCCUGACACUUGCAGGAAAUUUAAUAUCAGUUUUGAUUUAUAUGAGCCUAAAGGAUUUCGAAAAAGCAAUCCUGGUGUACCGGUGUGUCGUUUGAUUAUAUUUCAUUCAGAUGACAAAUUUCCAACUCAUGAUGAAAUGCUUAUGUGCUAUUGCCAACAAAUACAUCCGACUAAUUUAAUAUUCGUAUCAGUUAGCGAAUCAAAUCAAAUACAUGGAUUUCAUUGCACAUUUACAUAAAAUUGUAACGAAUUGUAAA